CUCACACUGGCUCUUUCUCUCUCCCCAUCUCUCUAUUAGAAGAUGAACAGAUGACUAUCUUUGGAUAAAGAGGAAGAGAAGAAGCAUUUAAUGGAUUUUAAGGAAAAUGCGAGCAUUGUGCGUUUUCACCUGUCUGUGUGUCUGCAUCGUCACUUCAGUGUGGCCAUUACAGAUGCAGUGCUACCAGUGUGAGGAGACAGUGAUGAAUAACGACUGUUCAGCCGCGACCUUCAUCGUAAACUGCACAGCUAACAUUCAGGACGCAUGUCAGAAGGAGGUGAUGGAGAACACACAUGGUGUGUUUUACCGGAAGGCAUGUGCGUCCUACGCCACCUGUCUGAUCGCCUCAGCGGGAUAUCAACGUUUCUGCUCUCCGGGUCAUGUGGGCUCUGUGUGCAUCAGCUGCUGUAACUCCCCGCUGUGUAACGGGCCACGCCCUCCACACGCACCCUCCACAGCACCCACACAUAACUACACACACAGCAAACACCUCUGCAUCCUGCUGCUGACUGCAGUGGCCCUGCCCAUCCUCUUCCCCUGACAGUGGGUGAAGUCAAAACCCCGAACUGGACAAAACUUUAAAGGACAUGAUUGCGAGAGGAUUACACCUUAACAUUCAGAAUGCAUACAUUUAGUGAUUUCAUGUCUCCGGUUUUACACUUUGGAAAAUAUUUUAAAAAGAUAAAGUGAAAAAAGAGUAAAACAAAGACUCAAGUUUUAAUAAAGAGUUUAAAUUAUCCUGUCUUAAGUUUUAAGUUAUGUUUUUCACUGGAAGGAAAAAGAGCAAGUUUGUGUGUUUACAGGGAGCAAGUGUGAUUAUAGGGAGUGUGUUAGGGUAUAGAGGAAGUGUGUAUGAAUACAGAGGGUGUGUGAGAGAGUAUAGGGACUGUGUGUGUGUGUGAGGGUAUAGGGUGAGUGAGUGUAUGUGAGGGUAUAGGGAGAGUGAGUGUGCGUGGUGUGUGAAGGUAAAAGGAGGGUGGA